GCGGGGGCGGCGCGGGGGGACGGGGCCCGGCGCGGCCGCCGCCGCUGGAGCCGUCGCUGCUGCGCGUCCUGGUGUGCCCGCUCUCCAAGCGGCCGCUGAGGUACGAGGAGGCCGCGAACGAGCUCGUGAACGAGGAGCUGGGCAUCGCCUACCCCGUCGUCGACGGCAUCCCCACCAUGGUCCCGGAGGCGGCGAGGAAAACCCGCGCCAAGCCCGCGGCCGCGCCGGCGGCCCAGGGCGCGGAGCGGCCCUGAGCGGCGCGGCGGGGCGCGGCGCGGCGCGGCGCGGCGCGGCGGGCGGCAUGCCGCCCUCGCUGCCCACCCUCGCCGUGCUCGUCCCCCUCCUCUCCCUGGCAGGCCUCCUCUACUCGGCCAGCGUGGACGACGCCUUCCCGCAGGGCUGCGCCAGCGCCGGCAGCCUCUGCUUCUACAGCCUCCUGCUCCCUGUCACCGUACCCGUUUACGUCUUCUUCCACCUCUGGACCUGGAUGGGCAUUAAGCUUUUCAGGCACAACUAGCGCGAUGCAGGUGCUAACCCCCGCGCUCCUCCAGAGCGCUGCAGCUUAUUUCAUCUCACCAGGUACCGCAGCCGACUUCGAGCCCCCUGCUCCCACUAGAGGCUGUUGUCAUUUUCCCUGCGCUGUCCGCCAGCGUGCAUGAAUCCUCUGUAGCAAGCCCACUACUUAGUUACUGCUAAGGAAGAUCCAGAGGAGGAAGGAUGAGAAGCAUUAAUUGCUCCUAAUGUGUUGUGUGUGUAGCAGUGCUACCGGAAAAUCUUCCAGAGGGUGGUGGUCUUUACUAGCAAGGACUGUGCUCUGACUGGAAUAACUGACUUUUUCGGAACAGCAAGCACUGUCAGCCUGCAGUGAUGUGAAGCUAUCUGAAUUAUCAGCACGGGGUGUGUUUGUAUGUCUUGAAUAUGUGCAUGUAUUGAAAUGUAUUUGUCUCACUGCUGGAAAAAUGUAAAAUAAACUAGGUUUGUGUUUAGUAACGAAA